AUCAGUUGCGCUCCGUCACUCGCGACGGGCGGACGUGUUGCGCGUUCCAUUCGGCCGAUACAUCGAUCGAAUUAUCACCAUUUAAAAUAGCGUGGUAUAAGGAAAAGAACCGUCAUUAAUAACGCAACGAUUGCAGUGAUUUUUUAUAUUAAUUAUAUUAGGUGUCUCAUAGUGCGCGUAAAUAAAAAAAAUGGUGAGAGACUAGUGUUGCAAAAUGCGUCGUUCCAAACUGAAUAUCAAUCCGGAUUUGGGUGAUCUGGAGGAGAUGCUGGCGCAUGUGCAAACGCAGAUAGAGCAAGAGAUCGAUCUAGAGAAAGAGAGCAAAAUGCCCUCCUUGACCAGCGUGCAAGAAUCGCCAAAGAUGAAACGGGCCUCGUCUUUCAAUCAGGACAAUAUGGAAUACAGACGACCGCCUCGCCCUGUCAACAGAGUCAACAGCGAGGCGAAUCAAACGGUUGAAUACAGAAACGGCGACUACGGUACUGUCGGCACUAAUGGUUUCAAAGGAUCCCAGUCGAGUCUACGCUCGAACGACGAAGGAUCCCAGGUGUCCUUCCAGUCGUUCCGCUCGGAGCCGGUGCAGAGACAUUCCGUGUUGAGUUUGCCCGAUAAGAGGGACACGGCGUCGCUGAACGGGCGGUGCAAAACGGCGACGCUGCCGCGAGGCUACGGCUCGAGCAAGGAGAAGAACUGGGAGGAGUAUUGGUCGCACGAGCAAUCGAUAAGCAGCGCGCGCGCAUCGGUCAUGGUGUACGACGACGCGCUGAAGCGCUGGAUCCCCUCGGGCUCCAGCUCGGGCCUGUCCAAAGUGCACAUCUAUCAUCACACGCAGCACAACACGUUCAGGGUGGUGGGCAGGAAACUGAAUGACCAUGAGGUGGUAAUCAACUGCGGCAUAGUCCGCGGCCUCAAGUACAACCAGGCGACGGCCACGUUCCACCAGUGGAGGGACGCGAGGCACGUGUACGGACUGAACUUCUCGUGUCGGGAGGACGCCGACAGCUUCGCGAGGGCCAUGAUGCAUACACUGGAGGUGCUGGCGAACAAGGCGAGCAACAACACGGCCCCCCCUCCAGCGCAGCCCAACCCCCCCGUACCGUACAACGGGCACAAUGCGCACUAUGAUGAAGAUAUGGGGUAUAGAACGAUGACGCGCGAGGACGCGGCCAUGUUGCAACAGCCGCAGUACCACGCACCCCACCACCAGCAGCAUCAGCAGCUGCCGCCGCAGCACCAAAUACCGCAUCAGAUACCGCACCAGCAAAUACCGGCCCAACAUCAAGCGAUACCGACGCAACAUCAGCAGAUACCGGCCCAACAUCAGGCGAUACCGACGCAACAUCAGGCGAUACCGACUCAACACCAGGCGGUACCGACGCAACAUCAACAGAUACCGCCUCAACACCAACAGAUGGCGCCACAAUUGCCAAGUCAACACGCGGUGCAGACGCCGCAGCAUCACGCGGCGCAGAGUCAGUAUCAUGCGCCGCAUCAUCAUCAUAAUGCGGUACAACCGACCGCACAAACCGCCCCGACGCCGCCGCCGCACGGCGUGCACACGCUGCCGCACGCGCCGCACGCGCCCGCGCCGCUCUCGCACCACCGCACCAACAGUGCCCCAAUGCCCCCGAACAUGUCGCUGUCCGCAAGCGUAGUGGCCCCGCCGCCCGUGCCCCCGCACCAGAACCUACCUGCGCCCGCAAAUGGCCCCAUUGCCCCACCGACUCCCCCGGCGGCCCCGCAGCCGCCGCCCAUGCAAGCCGUCAACGCGGAGGCCGCGUCCCCCCCGGGCGGCGGCGCGGAGCAGUCGUCCGGCUCCGGCUCCGGCUCCGGCUCCGGCGGCUCGUCCGGCUCCGGCGGCGGGCGCGCCAGCCUGCACUGCAUGAUGCACGAGAUGCAGCGCACGCUCGCCAGGCGCCGCGCGCACCUCGACAGGGCUGAGGAGACAUCGACGGACAACUCCGUGAACUCGACGCCGAUGAAGAGCUGGGAGCGCUCGGCGACGUUGCCGCACCGCCUGCCCGCUAACUGUAACGGCAACACGCCGAGCUCGGAGUCGCCCGCGCAGCAGCCGGCGCAGUCGCCGCGCUCCGUGCGCAAGCGGUUCGGCUCCGCGAGCGAGGAGACCAUACUGAAGCAAGUGAACGGCGGCGGCGAGGGCGGCUGCGUGUCGGCCGCCGAAUGGGAGAGCUUCAAGCAGGAGCUCGUGCGCGAGAUGCGCUCGCAGAUGGCGCUCAUGAAGCGGGAGAUACUCGACGCCAUGAAGGCGGAAUUCGCUCGCAGAUAAGAACGCCAGGCGACGCCGAACGAUGCAACUAGUCUACCGCCGAACCACACCGACUUUUUAUGUAUACACAAUACGUUUGUAUGAGGAUUUUUUUGAUUGUUAUUUGUCAGGACACAAGUUGUAGCGAGUCGAUGAAAACGGUUCUUUCAACAAACUCCUGUCUUUUCGAUGUCAGACAAUUUACGUAUUGUAUGGGUUUUUUUUAAGUAUGAAAAUGUCUCGGCCUGCAUUUAUGUCAUUUUGAUAUAAUUUUUACAAUAUUAUUAUAUUGUACGUAAAAAGCGGUGCAAAUUCGGUAAAUUGUGAUUUAGAACAACGUAAUAAUUUAAUGUUGCCAACAUCGCACUGAAAAUAACAACGAUCGGGCAACAUUGCCCCGCGAAUGUUGUAUGUAUGUAAUAA